UGUCUCUCUCUGUCUCUCUCUCUCUCUCUCUCUCUCUCUCUCUCUCUCUCUCUCUCUCUCUCUCUCUCUCUCGGAUGUAUUAAUUCUGCUCCUGCGGGAUCACUGGUAAUGAACAUGAGAUAUCGCAGGAGACAGAAACCUACCGAGCCCCGGAGAGGCGAGUGUGAGGGACUUUAUUAAAGGCAAACCGAGAGGCCAAGCUGCCAGGACCGGGAAGGAGCUGUUCCUGUCACUGGUUGAGUUGUUGAUCAGCCCGGGCACAACGGGACGCGAGGGAAUUGUCACCGGGGGACGGUGGGAGGGACUCUGAUUCAGCGACCCACGGGGAGGAGACACCCACCCCAGAGGGCCUGUUAGCCGGCCAGUCCUCCAGGGGGAAGCCGGUGAAGGUGACGCACUGUGGAGCAAGUGGAAGCCCUUCAUCUCACAUUUCUCUCCUUUCUCCUCCUCUCCGUUUCCCUCGUGCUCAGCGCACCGGAAGAGGCUCCAACAACAUGAAAACACAACCGGAGACUUCUUGCAUUAAACCGACCAAACCCAUCCGUGGAUUCCCCGUGGAUCACCUCUCUAAUAUGAAGCCUCUCCAUUCUAAUGGAAUUACGCGCAAGGGUCGCGCCGCCGUGGGAGCUGUUCCGCCCGGGGCGACAUGGAUCACGAUGCCGCCCGGGGCGACCCGCGGCCCAACACAGAGAGGGGUGAAGCUGGGACUGUGGAGCUUCAGCUGUAGCUGGUGGUCUCUCUUCCUGCUCCUCCUCAGCGGCUGGAUAAGCAUGUUGAAUGCACAAGAUGUAGCUCCAUAUUUCCGUGUGUCUCCGGGCCAGGUCCAGACCCAUCUAGAGGGUAACAGGCUGGUACUGACCUGUCUGGCUGAAGGCUCCUGGCCUCUACAGUACCGAUGGAUCCUCAACAACACAGAUAUCACACACUUCUCUCCACUAUACACGUAUGUUAUCCCAGAGGUCCAGAGGUCGGAUGCUGGGUUGUAUCAGUGUGUGGUCAGGAACAGGAUGGGAGCCCUGUUACAGAGGAGAGCUGAGGUGCAGGUCGCCUUCAUGGGUAACUUUUCUGGUGAAGAGCAGCGUCGUACGGUCAGUGUUGGUCGAGCUGCGGUCCUGAACACUCCAACCGUCAGCUGCUUCCCUAGACCGCAGGUCACCUGGUACAGAGACGGUCACAAGAUAAUCCCCAGCAACAGAGUAGCCAUGUCGUUGGACAAUCAGCUGGUUGUCUUGUCGGCCAGGACGGCUGACGCGGGGCGGUACUACGUUCAGGCGGUCAACGGGCUGACCGGACAGAACCACACCUCUCCCUCUGUCUACCUCAGCAUGGCUGGUAAGAAAAGUCAU